AUGAAGACGUCAAUCUACAUCUUUGCCGUCACGGCCUUUACCUCUCUCGUCUCGGCUGCACCGAUGAUCGGUCCUGCCAAGGUCGAUGCCAUCCUCAAGGGUGAGAUGGACCCUUCGGAAUGCUGCUCCUACGGCGUCUGCAAGGGCGACGUCGUCAUCUCCGUCGGCUGA